UAUAACCCCCCACACACACACACCCUCUUUUUCUUUCUUUCUUUUCUCUCUGUAUCUAUAUAUAGUCCCAUCCCAUCCUUCUCUACUGUACUGCAAUAACAAAAAGGCUGUGACACACCACCCACACCUGCCAAAUUCAGUCAUUUUCUUCUGUCUUUCUUUUCUUUUUUCCAUUUUGCUUUCUCAAAUCAAAAAAUCAAUCCCACUUAGGAGAGAAAAGUGAGAACCUUGGUGGGUUUUUGUUGGAGAUGGAGAGAGAGAAAAUGGGUGAGAAAGGUUCUAGCUUGGAGUUGGGUUUGGGGUUGAGUUUGAGCUUAGGAUGUGGAGGUAAUAAUAAUAAUAAUAAUAAUAAGAAUAACAACAAUCAUAAUCAGCCUUCUUCUAAGAUGAAUCUCAUGCACAAGCCUCCUCCACAGUUGGUGCAAAAUCAUAAUCAGAAAACUCCUUGGAAUGAAAUGUUUCAGUUCUCAGCUGAGAGAAACCAGGAUACAAGGUCGUUUUUGCGAGGAAUCGAUGUGAACAGGUUACCAGCAUCAUCAACAGUGGAUUAUAAUUGUGAAGAUGAGAAUGGGGUUUCUUCACCGAAUAGCACAAUAUCAUCGAGCAUAAGCGGGAAGAGGAGUGAGAGAGAGGCUAACAAUGGAGAUGAAAACGAUGCAGAGAGAGCUUCUUGCUCUCGUGGAAGCGAUGAUGAAGAUGGAGGUGGCGGUGACACUUCUAGGAAGAAGCUCAGGCUGUCAAAGGAACAGUCUAUGCUGUUGGAAGAGACUUUCAAAGAGCACAAUACUCUCAACCCGAAGCAAAAGCUGGCUCUGGCAAAGCAGCUGAAUCUCAGCCCAAGACAAGUGGAGGUGUGGUUUCAGAACAGGAGGGCAAGGACCAAGUUGAAGCAAACCGAGGUGGAUUGCGAGUACUUGAAGAGGUGUUGUGAGAAUCUAACAGAGGAGAACCGGCGAUUGCAGAAGGAGGUGCAAGAGCUUAGAGCAUUGAAACUGUCUCCACAGCUAUACAUGCACAUGAACCCUCCAACCACCCUCACAAUGUGCCCUUCAUGUGAGCGUGUGAAUGUUUCAUCUUCCUCCUCAUCCUCCAUGGUUGCUCCAACGGGCCCUACUCGUCACCCGCAGGGCCCUAAUGUCCAAAGACCUAUACCCAUUAACCCAUGGGCAACAUUACCCAUCCAUCGUCGACCGUUGGAUGCCCCCGCAUCGCGAUCGUAAUUUGUUUACUCGAGUAAGGGCAUUGUGGUCAUUAGGAGGAAAUGGGGUACAAUGUGUACGGAAGUGAAGAGAAUAUAUUGUUAAAGAUUUAAGAGGACAUGAUAAUUCAUGUUAAGGGUUGUUAGGAUAUGAUUUCAUUAAGUCAAAGCCUUGAGCAUAUCUAAUUUUAUUUUGAGAGUUAAGUCUUGAUAGAGGUUGUAAAGGGUGGAUAUUAGACAAGAAAAGAACUUUUUUUGUGCUCA